CUGGAGCGGAACCUCCUGAACUUUCUUCAUGGUCGUCAGCCGAGGAGAAUGAAGGAGCAGAAUCGGAUUUUGUAUUUUCUGCCCCAAAUUCACAAGACCGUCCUGAGACCCCUCGUGGACCAGUUGUUAAAGCCCUGUCGGAAGCUGAACCAGAUUUCCCAAGUGGAUCCGUAUCCUUUGCCUAGGAUGGACCAUUUAAUAGAAAGACUGGGAGCAGCAAAAUACAUCACUACACUGGAUUUAACUAAGGGAUAUUGGCAAGUGCCUCUAGAUGGGGACGCUGCUGUGAAAUCUGCUUUUGUCACGCAUAUGGGCUUGUUCCAGUUCAAGGUUCUCCCAUUCGGACUUCGAAAUGCCCCAGCCACGUUCAUGAGGCUUAUUAAUUCUGUGAUUAAUGGCCUAGGUGAAUUUUCUUGUGCGUAUCUGGACGAUCUGGCCAUCUUUAGCCCUGACUGGAAGUCGCAUUUGAACCAUUUGAGAAUUGUUUUACAGCGACUGCAGGCCGCUGGACUAACCAUCAAAGCGCAGAAAUGUCAAUUUGGUCUGGGAGAAGUUGUGUAUUUGGGACACAGGGUGGGGCAGGAUUGUGUCAAACCCCUAGAGGCUAAGAUCGAAGCUAUUCAAAAUUGGCCUGUCCCUAAGACCAAGAAACAGGUUCAAUCUUUCUUGGGGUUAGCCGGCUAUUACAGAAAAUUUGCUCCACAUUUUAGUAGUAUCCUGCCCAAAUCCACAUGUGUUGAGAGUUGCUAUCCUGGACACAGCAGGAUUGUGAGACAGGGAGAACAAAUUUGUUGUUAUGAUUGUUUUCGGUGCUCUGAAGGACUAAUUUCAGACCUGACAGAUGCAGAUCGCUGCAAAAAGUGUCCUGAGGAUCAUCAUCCAAACAAGAACCAAGACAGCUGCAUCCCUAAACUCAUGGUCUAUCUAUCAUAUGGAGACCCCUUGGGAAUUAUUCUAGCUUUGUUUGCUCUUUUUAUUUCUCUGAUUACUGUUGUGGUGAUAUGGAUCUUCAUUCAGCAUCAGAAUACUCCCAUUGUCAAGGCCAACAACUGGAACAUUACAUGCACCCUCCUCACUUCCCUAUUGCUUUGCUUUCUGUGCUCCUUCUUAUUCAUUGGACAGCCUGGGAAGGUGACCUGCCUUCUUCGGCAAACUGUGUUUGGAAUAAUCUUCUCCCUCUCAAUUUCUUGUGUGUUGGCUAAAACCAUCACUGUGGUUCUGGCCUUCAUGACCACCAAGCCAGGAAAUAGGAUGAGGAAAUGGGUAGGGAAGAGGUUGGCAGUGUCAGUUAUCAUCCUCUGUACUCUUAUUCAAACUAGCAUCUGUGUUAUAUGGUUGGCAUCCUCUCCUCCCUUCCCAGAGUUUGACAUGCACUCCAAGACUGGCCUAAUCAUUGUGCAAUGCAAUGAAGGAUCAGGCCUCAUGUUUUAUACCAUCCUGGGCUACAUGGGGCUUUUGGCCAUCAUCAGCCUCAUGGUGGCUUUCUUUGCUAGGAAAUUGCCUGAUACCUUUAAUGAAGCAAAACUCAUAACUUUCAGCAUGUUGAUUUUCUGUAGUGUUUGGUUAUCCUUUCUCCCAACCUACCUGAGCACCAAGGGGAAAUAUAUGGUGGCUGUUGAAGUUUUUUCGAUCUUGGCCUCUAGUGCUGGAUUGCUGGGUUGCAUCUUCCUCCCCAAAUUCUACAUUAUUGUACUGAAGCCUGAGAUGAACACCAGAGAUCAGCUUGUAAGGAAAAAGAAUUGUCGUAUCUGA